GUUAUCUAUGCACUGAACACGAAAAACGACGAACACGAGGCAGCCAUCGCCACUCUGAAGGAGGCCCAUGAAGAGGAGGUGCAGCAGAUUCUGUCUGAGACCCGAGAGAAGAUACUACAGUACAAGAGCAAGAUCAGCGAUGAGAUGGACCUGAAGAGGCGGAUCCAGUCUCUGGAGGAGUCCAUGGAGCUGCACGAGAGGAUGAAGAGACAAGCACUGGCCGAGUUCGAGAGCUACCGUCAGAGAGUGGAGGACAUGCAGCUUUGCACCGAGGCUCAGCACACGCAGCGCGUGGUCUCCAUGUCGAGGGAGGUGGAGGAGAUGCGACGGUCCUUUGAGGAGAAGCUGCGUACGUUCAGCCAGGCCCAGACCCAGUUCGAGCAGGAGAAGAGGGCUGCUCUGGAGGAGCUGAAGGCCCAGCACAGACAAGAGAUCCAGGAGCUCCUCCGCAGCCACCAGAGCCAGAACGCAAACUACAGUAAAGACCAGGAGAAACUGGGACAGCUCCAUAAAGCCGAGGUGGAUUCUCUGACGGAGCGGGUGGAGGAGCUCAAACAGGACAAGAAGAGACUGGUGGAGGAGUACGAGGCCAAACUCAGCAAGGCUCAGGCCUUUUAUGAGCGUGAGCUGGAGGCCAUGAAGAGAACUCAGCAGCUGACCGCCGACAACCUGUUGGCAUGGAAACGCACCGAGGCCGAGCUGCGGCGGGAAUUUCAGACUCAGGAGGCGGCACUCCAGAAGACCCUUGGAAAACUGAGGGCCGAGUUGGCCAGGGUGACGGAUGAAGCUCGGGAAAACCGGGAGAAGUCCCACAAGCUUCAGGCGUCACUCGCCGGCGCCGAGACCAACGUCAAGGACUUAAACAAGCAGCUGGAUGAGGUGACCCAGAACUCAGAAAUUGUGGAGAUCCGUCAGAAGGAAGCUGAGUGUGAACUAGAGGCAGCUAGAGACCGAGUUCAGCAGCAAGCAACUGAAAUACUGCUCAAAGCCAACCCUGCUCGAGGAGAAGGCAUCCCACGAGAAGGAGAUGAGCAAUGUGCGAGCUCGAUCUGAAGAAGAGGCCAGCCAGAUGAAGGAGAGCCAGGCUCGAGCUCUGGAGGAAGUCGGCAAGAAACACAGAGUGACCCUGGAGAACGCUCUCAACAACGCCGAGAAGGACAAGAACCGCCUGCUGGCUGAGCUGGAGCAGCAGUUUGAGAGGGAGCGCCUCUCCCUGGAGGAGCAGAAGACGCUCCUCAGGCAGCAGCUGGACGAGCUGAGAGACGAGCUGACCUCCAAACUCACUGCAGCCAAUGAGGAGGUGAUUCGGCUGCAGCAGGAGGUGCAGCAGGGGGAGCAGGACAUCGGGACAGCUGAGGGACAGAUCUCCACACUAAAGGAGGCGCAGGACAAACUGCUGGAGGAGCUGGACGCUACCAGGGCCCGACUGAGAGAGACCAGCAACCUGCUGACUGCACUGCAGGCAGGAGUGUAAGAAGCUACGCGAGGAGCUGAGAGAGGAGCACGAGGAGGACAAGGCGUCAGCAUUGGCUCAGCUGGCACAAAGCAAGGAGCAGGAAAUGAGCAACGCCAGGGAGAGCUGGCAGAGGAAAGUGGAGGACCUGCUGGAACAGAUCUCCCUGUUGAAGCAGAGUCUGGAGAUGCAGCUGUCCCAGUCGCAGUCGUCGCUGCAGCAGCUGCAGCACCAGUUCAGCCAGGAGAGGGAGCACCUGAGGAUGCAGCUGGACGAGCUGCAGACGGAGCACCAGAGGCGACAGCAACGUCUGCAGGAGGUCCACUGCUGCUCCAUGCAGGACAUGGAGCACGCCCGGCAGAGGGACCUGAAGGACUUGGAGGAGCGUCUGCGCCACCAUCACCAUGCAGAGCUGCAGUCUCUGAGAGAGGCUCACCGCCAGAGCAUCGAGACGCUCAAACAGCAGUCAGAACAGGAGCUGCAGACGCUCCGCUUUGAACUGGAGGACGAGGGCAAAGCCAUGCUGGCCUCUCUGCGAUCGGAGUUGAACCACAUCCACGCAUCAGCCAUCGAACACCUGAGACAAACCCACCAGCAGGAGUCAGCUGCUGCCAAAAAGGAGCUGGAGAAAACACUGGAAAACAACCGGACACAGGAGCGUGAGCUGUUGGGCCGGAUCACUGAGCUGCAGGAGGAGGUCUCCAGGAGGAAGAACCACAUCGCCCAGCUGGACCACCAGAUCCACACACUCAAUGAGAAUAUCAGCACUCUGACUAAAGAGCUGGAGCUCAAGGGCAAGGAAGUGCUCAAGAUCCGCAGCGAGGCCAAUCAGCAGAUCAGGGCUCAUGAACAAGAGUUGACGAAGAGGCACGAGAGGGAGCUCGCCGAGAUGAACGCCCUCCACAGCAGAGAGACGCAGAACAUGCUGUCAGACUUCAACAAAGCCCAGGAAGUGCUCAAAGACAAGAUCUCCGCCCUUCAGAUCCUGCUGGAAGGAACAGAGGAGAAGUUCAGGAACAGGGAAAGUCGUCAUGAGGAUCUGCAGAUUAUUGCUGAGCUGAAGGACAUGGUGUCUGAGAGAGAAUCGCUAGUCAAGAAACUGGUGGACGAUAAGAAGUUCUACCAGCUGGAACUUGUCAACAGAGAGACCAACUUCAACAAAGUGUUCAACGCCAGUCCUAACGUAGGAGUCAUCAACCCGCUCAUUAAGCAAAAGAGAAAGAAUGAGAAAACAGCAGCCAGCAGAUUCAGCAGCUCUUCUAAUGUCAGGGCUAUGGAGGCAGCGGGUGUGGGCGUGGGCGUGGCAGGUUCAGGAAGUGGGCAGCCCCCACAGCCCCCACCUCCUCCCCCAGCCCAGCCCAGCCGCCUAGAGCCCAUCCCCAACUCCCCCCUCCACCACCUUGAACUCAACUCCAACAAACCUCUUCCCCCGCCGACCCCUCCCACCGAACCCAAGAAAUUCAUGAGCCCUCCUGAAACCAAGGACUCCGCCAUCGACUCCCCGGACGCCCAGCGCCAGGAGUGGUUCGCUCAAUACUUUUCCUUUUGAUUGACCACAAACCUGCAAAACACAAGGAUUCAGCAUGUCAACCAAACUUGGGGAAAAAACAAAAAACUUAGUUAAAAAAAAAAAAAACAGAAAAAAAAGAGAAAAAUGUUAAAACUAUUUGUUCUUUAUUGUCAUUGAUAGGUUCGGGGAUCAAUUCACUUCAGAUUCAGUCAACUUAAAACCUGAAAUUCACGGUUUUAGAGAAUCAAUUCUCACGGAUCUGUCAGCGAACACACACACAGGCAGAACUCGAUGUCAUUCAUUCUCACUCUGGUAAAAAAUGUAAUGAUUAUCCACUUCCUGGUGUUGACUGAGGUGAAACCGGAUUGAACCCGAUUCCGACCGUCAAAUGUCAUCACUCUGAUCUGAUUUGAUUGUUUGAUUAUCUCUGAUUGUUUCACUGUGGACGAGUCUCUCUUAGUACAGUGACAAUGAUCAUCAGUAUGUUUGAUGUUUUCUUUUUUAUUUCUUUACUUCCUGACUUAUUUUGCAGUUUCUCGGAACUAGAAAAAAACACGAGUGGUGCAUUUAUCAUGCUGCUAAUUGCCAUCGUUGGACUACAGUAAGAAAUAUAUAUAUAAAGAAAUAUACGGUAGGUUAUUGUGCUCUCUCUGUACCUGGGCCCACUGCAUACAGCAUCUUAGACUAGGAGCGAUGAUCUAAGACCAGUCUGCCUCCUCAUUUAUGGUGACAUUUACAUGGACCUGAUCCUAGAUCAGUUACACUUAUUCUGAUAUGCUCCAUGAAUACAGGCUCUGAUUUUAGGACGGCACCAUCAUGGCAAGUUUGUUACAGCUGCAUAGAAGUUUCAGCAGAUUUUGGUAGAAUAUUAAAACCUGUUUGUAUGGUUGUCUGUCUCAACACAGAUAUAAUGAUGUCUCACCAAUUUUAAAAACAAAAAUAGCAUAUUUUAUA